GUCUCGGCGUACCUGUUUGUGGGUACAAGCGUACGUCUCUCGCGUUCUAGUAACUAGCGCUUGGUACGGAACUAUUACACAAGUUUAAUAGCAUUACAGCUGACGUAUUAUUACAUACAAUAACAAUUCCGUUGGAACAUUUUUACAAACGACAUACUUUUAGAAAGUGUACAAUAAUUAUAACUUUUUUAUUUAGUUGCUUCAUUUUUUUGUGGUGUGCAGCAAUCUGUGACAAUACUUCUCGACUGUGGUCCAAGCCUGUUGUUGCAAAAUUUAUGUUUUAAGUGUGUAGUUUUUUUUUCGUGAAGGAACUCUCAAGCGUUUCCAGUUGGUGUUGAAUCUCAAGUGAACUUCAGUUGUUAUUGUGGAUUAAAACAAGAAUGUCUACAUGAGGUGUUUGUUUCUUUAAAAAGUGGAAAGAGUGUUGUGUCUGAACUAAAAAUAUGAGACCGUUCAGUAAUAUGUAAUACUUCUACGAUUUUUUGAAAAUAUGGCCGAAAACGGUGAAAAAAUGACGCUCCAAAAGUGAACGCUACCCCUCAGCCCAAAAUGAAGCUCCGUGCCUUUUCGUGCCUUUCAACAAUCUCUCUACAUUAUUUUCUCUUGAUAUUACUAUACCUUAUUAAAAUUGGUCAUGGAUGGUUGCCAAAUACAAGCACAAAGCUCGUCAAUAAUGCCAACAAAAUUCGUAGUAUAGUGUUUAGGGGGAAUACGUCGUCAAUCGACCAUUUUACUGUCUUGUAUCAAGACGAUGAAUCUAUUUUAUUGGGAGGAAGGAACCAAAUUUAUAAUUUAUCGAUGUUCGAUUUAGCUGAGAAAGCUGUAAGUUUAGACUCCUGGCCCUCUUCCGAAGCGCACAGUCAGCUUUGUAAUCUCAAGGGAAAAACAGAAGAUGAUUGCCAAAACUAUAUCAGAAUACUGGUGCCUACAGCUCCUGGUAAAUAUCUAAUUUGCGGAACCAAUUCUUUUAAGCCCCUCUGUAGGAUUCUACAAGAAAAGGAUGGUCAGGUUGUUAUCGAAAAAGAAGUUGACGGAAAAGGAUUAUGUCCCUAUGAUCCAGAGCACAACAGUACGUCCAUAUAUAGCAACGGGCAUUUAUUCUCAGCUACAGUAGCUGAUUUCUCAGGAACUGAUCCAUUAAUCUACAAAGAACCCCUCCGUACUGAACUUCUUGAUCUCAGGCAGCUCAACGCUCCAAAUUUUGUAAGUUCGAUGACCUAUGGAGAUUACAUAUAUUUCUUCUUCCGUGAGACUGCUGUGGAAUACAUGAACUGCGGCAAGGUGAUUUAUUCUAGAGUAGCAAGAAUUUGUAAACAUGAUAAGGGAGGGCCGCGCCAAUCACAUGACCGUUGGACCACAUUUUUGAAAGCAAGACUGAACUGCUCGGUACCUGGAGAAUAUCCAUUUUAUUUUGAUGAAAUACAAUCAACUAGUGACAUUGUGGAAGGAAAUUACGGUGGAGAUGAAAGAAAAAAAAUAAUCUACAGUGCUCUUACCACCCCAGAUAACGCAAUAGGCGGCUCGGCUAUAUGUAUGUUCAACAUGGAAGACGUUCAAGGCGUUUUCCAAGGGGCUUUCAAGCAACAAGAGAGCAUUAACGCAAACUGGUUGCCGGUUCCUGAUCAUAAAGUUCCAACACCAAGGCCUGGUGAAUGCGUACAAGAUAGCAGAGUUCUUGCGGAAAAGGACGUGAACUUCAUCAAGACUCAUCCACUUAUGGAGAAAGCCGUACCUCCUCUGUUUGGCCAACCAUUGCUGAUUAGGGUCAGUCUUCAUUACAGGUUUACAGCUGUUACUGUGGAUCCACAAGUGCCGACUGUUACUAACGAGAAUUACGACGUUAUUUACGUUGGAACAGAUGAUGGUAAAGUUCUGAAGGUAGUAAAUAUUCCAAACGGUAUUGCACCACCUCAGUCAGUUGUCAUAUCAGAAAACGAAGUUUUUCCUAAAACUACCCCCGUAAAACAAUUAAAAAUAACCCCUGAAUAUGGAAAGGUCAUUGCCGUUAGUAGAAGUGAAGUUAAACUCGUAACGCUGAUCCACUGUGAACAUUUCACCCGAUGCAGUGACUGUUUGGAACUACGAGAUCCACAUUGUGCUUGGAACUCAUUUACACGAACCUGUGUCCGCGUUGAGAUGUCUAAUUUAAAUAAACAACUAACGCAAGAUAUUAGAAAUGGAGGUGCUGUCAAGUGCAGAACUUCAUCUCUAGAUAAUGCAGUUCCUACCAAAGAGUAUAAUGUGAGCCCAAUCGAUACGAAUUCUUUGGACGAAAGUAAAGAAUCUAACGACCCCUUACUAAAACUCGAAGAAGAAUCAGCGGAUUGUAAUGAAGUCAACAGUAAAGUUGCAGGAUGUGCUUCCCAAAGUAAGCUGACCCUGUAUACUUCUGAAUAUUUACAUAUAAUUGUAGCCGUUGCCUGUAUGGGUGGCCUAAUCGUUGGAUUUGUAUGUGGAUAUUUGGUCUCCCGGAGGUUUCAUGGCCGCUCACAGUACCCUAAUCCGCCGUUUAUUGAACAGCACAACCAUUUAGAGAGAUUAACUGUCAACCAGACCAGUUUUUUAGCUCCGAGGACGAAGACGGUUAACUUAGACGUACUGAAUGUAUCAACAGAUUCACUCCCGCCAAAAAAGGAUAAUUUAGGUUCUUUAAAAAACUUGAACAUAACGAAUGAAGGAACUUUACAGAAAAUAAAGAAAACCUAUAUAUAAUAAUCAAACAUCCUGCUUUCAUUUAAAAGUAUUUUUAGACCAAAAAGUCUAGUACGGGGAUAUUAUUUUUGCUCUUCCAUACAGCAUGCUGGUUCAUUGCUUUGCAUGGUAAUUGUUUGUAUUUGAACAGAAAGUAGGAUCAGAUUUUCAUAGCUUUGAUUGUUUUUGUACCUGCUGUUAUUAAUAGACUGCAUUAUUGAUUCAAUCUCUAAAGUUCAUUUCCAGGAAUUACGUCUUGAAAUGUAAAAUCUUUCUUAAAAUUUAAAACGUGCAAAAUUUGCUAAUGAUUCCUUCGCAUUCCCAUAACGUUACGAUCGCAUUGUUUUUGAGUUACUGAUAUGCGUUAUAUCGUUGUUUCGGUAUACUUAAUAGUUCUUCAGGAGUAUCAACAAAAAAGGUGGAACUUUUUCUACGAUUUCACGAAACUUUCCAGAGCAGGAGUAAAAAGGAUUUGAAUUGUCAAACAAAACACUCCGGCUCUAAUAGAGAGGAGGAUACGUCAUGUAGAUAAUUUGUAGCCUAACGAAUAAUUUCUCGCCCCAUAACACAGUGUAAACUGUGUAUUCCCCAGAUUCGUUUGUUUUUAUUUCUGAAGACAUUGUUGCAUAUGGUGCCACACUUAAUAUGUAACUCAAGAACACGAUCUAAACCAGGAAUAUUAUCUGGAGAUAAUAAUUCAGGUUUUAAAUGGAACUUUUGUAUUCUAACUUUUAAAAAACCAAUCAAUAUUAGUGAAGGAUACUCCAUAAACACCCUAGUAGUGUAUAAUAUAUCUGAUCUCUUGUUAACUAUACGCAUUCACAGAAUAAACAACACAGUAAUAAGAUUUACAAAAAAAAACUUAUUUAACUGGCCCCAGAAAAUAUGUGUAUUUAUCGUUUUAAAUUUUAAAAAAGGUAAUCAUAAAUUUUUUUGUGGAUUAUUUGCUGCUCUUUCAGUUGAUUGAAAUAUUCGAACUAAUGUCGAGCUCAAUGUAAAUAUAAUUUUAAUUAAGUAUCCGAAAUCCAUUGUUUAAUAUUGAUUCACAAAUCCUUAAUUUAUUACGGCUGUAACAGCUGGAUAAAUAGUUUCAAUUAUAGACGUCAAACUUUUUGUCCGUAUAACUUUUAAAAUACUACUUAAAAUUAUAAACUGCGUUUUUAGAUAUCUUUAUUUAAAACAAAUGGUCAUGUGUUAUCAACAGUUGUUUGUGUCUAAAAAAAUAAUUGAAAUUAGUUAUAAAGCUAUCACACAUGGAUAUUGUUUAAUAAAAUGAAGUGUUAUUUCAGUACUUUCUUUUAGGGUUAUACAAAACUAAGGCUCUUCUUCAUCUAAGCUACCAUCUUUUUUCAACUGUUAUUUUUGUUAUUUAUAUUUGUUUUGUUUUUACGUUGUAAACAAUUCCCUAUGUUUAGUAUUUUUAGAAGGUAUGAACUUAAAGAAAGAAAAACUUUGUUUAUACUUGUCUUUGAGAAAAAUCAAGAGCGCUUUGAACCUGCUGUCAUAUCGCUCGAGAGCCUUUACAUGCCUUUAAUUGAUCAGAAGACAGUUAAUUGGUCUAUAUCUUGUAGUUUCAGAUUGUAAUUAAAAUGUUGUUAUGCAUCAAUCAAUCAAUAUUACAAGUAAAACUUGACUUUUUACAAUUUUCCAACUAAGUUGUGCUUGUUUGCCAUUACUGACCUAAUAGGUAUCUGGAAACCAAUCCUGUAGAGUAAUAACUAGGAAAAUCUGUUGAACUUCUUCUGUAAACAGACGGUAAUUUUAUAUGUUACUCGAAAAACGUAUUUAUUUAUUUGUUUUGAGUAAAAAAAACUAGUAAAAUCAAACCAACUUGAUUAGGUCAGGUUAGGUUAGCUUCAAUAUGAGUGGGUGUUUAACCACCCUUCCACUCGACUUUAGAAGUCUAUUGUGAUUCAACCUUUAGUUUCUUUAGUGUCUUUGUUUGCAGACAAAAUUUGCAAUCGACACUUUCUGUCAGUCCUAGUUUAUUCAUGGGUCCCUUAAGGCGACAGUGUCCUAUUCCACCAAUUCCGAUAUCGUUCUGUUGGCUAUGCUUCUUACGACGCCCACAAAAGUUUUCCUUGCCCUCCCCUGACAAGUAGAUUAUCUUUUUCCUUUCCAUCAAUACCAGUAUGUCCUAACGUCCAGACUAAAUUUGUUUUGUUACUUUUUCCGAACCGAAUCAGAUUCUGAAGACAGUUCCAAACUAACUUGGAGUCAAUUCGAUUCGAUUCCAGUGCCUUUAUAAUAUAAUUUUUAUAGAUCUGUUCCUGUAGUUCCUCUUUAUUAGUUCCUACAGGCACAUCUCUACAUCAACCAACUUGAAUUAAAUAAAACUGCCUCUAGCUACUAAAAAUUCAGAAAUUCAAGUCUAAAUUGUAUCCACAAGGAAUCUACGUUCCUGUAGUUGGCUGUAUAUAUUAAAAAAAAAUAUUAAAAUCCUUUGUAAAAGGUAUAUAUUUAUAAUAUAAUAUAUACCUUUUACCAAAGGAUUUUCAUAAAUUUUUUAAAUUAUAUGUUUGUUCUAAUAUAAUACUAGUUUCAAUCAUAAAAAGGUUAUCAUAAUAGUAAAUACUAAACAUAAGGAAAUGUUAUGGUAUACCUAAGCAACUUAUAACAAGUGAUACAUAUAAAAUCACUUCAUUUUGUUAAACAUGAGCAUUUAUCAAGAGGCUACACUUCAUAAAACUAGACGAGAAUAUAUAAGCAUUUCUGUCAUUGAAUGAAAAAAAAAACUAUGUUUUUAUAUGUCGUUUAGACAGUUUGCUAAAUAAUUAUUGUUACUACAAUGUUAUAUUUUGCAAAAUGGAGGAUAACCGAAUGAAAGUAAAGAAUUUUGUCUUUCGGUCAUAUUAUGAUGUGGUGAACUAGACGAGAAAUGUAAAGAUUAUUUUCCUGUAAAAUCUGUUGCACUCCAUAUAUUAGUUGUUCAAUUUAUUAGUGUCAUUUUUGCACAUUAGUAGAGAUUAUUUUAUUACGCCAAAUGUCAUAUUUCACGUCAAAUACAUUUCUCAUCAAAAUGUCACAUGUAAUAACAAAUGAUAUAUUUUAUAUGAUGUAAAAGGUCCAAUUUCACGUCACAUGUCAUGUAACGUUAAAAUAAAACCUCUUACGUUAGACAAAAUGUAUCAUUUGGCGUAAAACUUAUUAUUUUGACGUGAAAUGUGACAUUUAGGCAUGAAAUGUGAGAUUUUACGUUACGUUAAAUGUAUCAUUUGACUUGCAAUGUCACAAAUAGAUGUAAAAUUAUCAAAAUAUAACGAUUGUCUUUUUGGAAGUGCGAUGUUCGUGUAGGUUCGGAAUAUUUGACAAAAUUCUUGUAAUGAAACCAAACGUUUUGGCCAAAAGACGAAAUACAUAUAUGUAUCGUCUUUAAAAAGGCUGAAAUAAUUUCCAUUUUGUUUAAUAUUUUUCUGUAGUGAUUGAAAGAUCUAGGAGAAUAAUCAAUAAUUUACAGAGUUUUGUUAAGCCCUGUGUUUUUUUGUUAAUUUUGGUUUUAGUUAAUUGAUUUUCACAUUAUUUUUUUUUAUUAAAGUUUGCCGAAUUGUUGGAUAUGUUUGUAAAUAUGAUUUUGAUUCUUCAAUGAUGGAUAACAAUUGUACAUUAUUUAUUAGACUUUAUAUUUUUAUAGUAUUACAACUAGAUAUUUGUAGAUUUUAUAAGGAGAUUAAAAUUUAUUAAAAAAUUAUGAUACAAAUUUUAUAUAAAAGAGAAAACAGGACAACUUGUUCAAAAAUAUUUUAUUUUCUUUCUAUGGGCGUUCUUUUGAUGUAUUUUCUAUUCGUGCAAUUUCAUUUCUUUUAAAAUAGGCUCACUUGAAUACUGUAUAUAAUUUCCUCCGUAGUUGUCAAUUUUUCGUUUGGCUGUGACCUCUUAAAAUUGUUUACCUAAUGCCUAUUAAUUCACCUCUGUUUAAAUAAUCAAAAUACAUUUUGUCACAUUAUCAUAUCAGACUUUUUUGCAACGUAAAUAUAUAGAAAGGAUUAUACAUUCCAUUCAAUACAUAAUUGUAAUGAUUUUGUCAAUAAAGUAAUAAAUAAUUUG